GGAAUUAGUUGGUGGAGUUGGUCUUAUAUGUUGAUAAACUGAACAUUGAGGGCAUGGCAUUAAGAAGGGGCUGGCCUCAAUGCUCGCAAAUUUAAAACCUCAAUUUCUCAGAUACCCAGGGUAACUGGUGCCUCAAGUACAACAAACUGAAAAUAAAUAUUGAAAGUUUAUAGUAGGAGAUGGUAAAAAUAUGUAUGACUUCACAUAUGUGGAGAAUGUGGCCCAUGCUAAUAUUUGUGCUGAGAAAGCUCUACGUUCAGACCCAGCUUCUGUUGCUGGAAAGUCAUUUUUUGUUACAAAUGAUGAGCCAGUGGAGCUUUGGGAGUUUAUUUCUAGUAUACAAGAAGGCUUGGGAUACCAGAGGGCCGCAAUUAAUAUUUCUGCCAAUCUUGUAUUCCUACUUGUUCUGCUUGCCCGAAAGUUUAGCGAAAAGGUGUUUUUGCAUAGAAUAUCCAAUCCAAUACCUGGUCCUGCUGCGGUUCACGCUCUCGCAUGCACGAGGACUUUCAGUUGUUCGAGAGCUAAAAGCAUUCUUGGUUAUUUUCCAGUCUUAUCAAUGGAGGGCAGGUCAAUUUGAUAAAGCCCCUGCUGAAGCCAGGUUAUGAGUUUGAUCAGCUUUUGGUGCUAGGUAAACUUAUUUCUGCAUUAGUUUUUCCAUUUUUUGCUACCAUAAUCAAUUAUCUUUUAGCUUUUGUAUAAAGUCAUCAUUUUGUUUGCCUUUUCCCCCUUCUAUUUACAUACAUAUAUCUAGAUUAUGUUGUGGAAUGGUGCUUUAUAUUAAAGUGGAAUUGUAUUGUGAUUUUGGUCUAUGAUUUGUUUU